AUGGACCAGGCCGACAUCCCCGCGCUGCUGUCGCGCCUCGCUAGCGACGAGGACGCCGCGCGCAAGAUGGCCGUCUUCAAGCUGCAGUCCUCCAUCAACGACCCUGCCUUUGCCGACGUCUUCAUCUCCUCGGGCGGCCUCGUCAUCCUGCGCCGCCUCAUCAUGACCACCGGCGGCAACACCGUCGCCUACUCCCUGCAGAGCCUCAGCCGCCUGCUCGAGGUCGACAUGGGCUGGGACAUCUUCGAGGGCCCGACCGCCGGCGACCUGGUCGAGCGCAUCGUCGAGCUCAUCGUCACCAACCCGCUCGUCAACAUCCUGCGCGGCGCCAUGAGCAUCCUCGUCGCCCUCGUCAGCCACAGCCAGUCCACGCCGCGGACCGGCGCCGGCGCCGGCGCAGGGACCGCCCCGCGGAGCCCCGGCACCUUUGGCUUCCGCGCCCUCAAGCCCGCCGUCGCCGUCUACCCGCAGUUCUUCGAGUUCGUCAUCCAGCAGCUGCAGUCGGCCGACCACGCCCUCUGCGCCAACGCCCUCAUGCUGAUCAACGCCCUCAUCCGCGACGCCGUCUCCCAGGAGAACACGGGCGCCGCCAAUGGGGCGGGGGCCAAGAGCGCCGGCGAGGACUGGUCCAAGUUCAUCAAGCGCCUGCAGGACCUGGGCCUGAUCAAGGCCGUCUACAACCUCAUGCAGAGCUCCGUCCUGCAGGACAUGGCGCAGCCGCUGCUCGAGUUCCAGUCCCUGACCAAGAUCCUGCUUAGGAGGUGGAAGGACGUGCGCGUGGACCUGGAGCGGCCCGAGCACCGGAGGGCGCUCAAGGGCCUGCACCUGGCGAGCGCCCCGGACCGGCACCACGCCAACGCCGUCCCGCUGCGAGACGAGCUCGAGGGGGCCAAGAAGGGCAGCAGGCGGCACAACCCGGAGAAGUGGCGCCGGCUGGGGUUCGAGACGGAGAGCCCGGCCAACGAGUUUGAGGUCGCCGGGUUCCUGGGCAUGAUGGACCUGACCGACUACGUCCGCAAGAACGAGGACGGGUUCCAGAAGCUCCUGCUCGAGCAGUCUGCCAGCCCGCUGAACGAGCGCUGCCCUAUAGCGCGAGCCAGUCUCGCCGUGACGCUGAUCCUGCACGACCACUUUGAAGUCGACAGGACGGAGCUCGAGGACGUCAAGGGGUACCAAGGGCUGGACGGGACCAAGAAUCUCGACAGGCUCUUCCGCCCGCUGCUCCUGCAGUGGUCGCGGCUGCACACGGCCGGCCUGCACGCCUUCUUCCGGCUGUGGAAGGCCACCGGCGCGGGGAGGGACGACUUUGACAAGGUCGGAGAGCUGGUGCGGAUUCUCAUCGGCGAGGUCGUCGGCCAGGCCGGCAGGACCAAGGACGUCCUCGAGGUGGAGGACGACCUGCAAGAGUACGACUGCGCGCGGCUGCGGGAGCUGCAGAUGGAGCUCCUCGACCUCAGCUUCGAGGACCAGUGGGGCGCGCACCUGAAGCAGGUGCGCGAGGAGCUCAAGCACGAGGCCCUGCAGUUCGUCAAGGAGCAGCGCAUCCGCUGCCUCCUGGACGGCUCCUGGUUCUCCAAGCCCCUGCCCCGCCGGGACCAGCACCAGCAGCACCAGCGGCAGGAGAGCCUGCCGCAGAAGCGCCGGCUCUACGAGCCCAAGGGCUGGCGCUUCGCCAGGCUCUCGCACAACCGGCGCUUCCUGCACUACGCCGACUUCGCCGACAGGGCGCAGCCGGACCCGGGGCUCGACGCCCUGACCGAGAAGGUCGACCUGGCGACCAUCAGCUCCGUCGUGUCCAACGUGUCGGCACCCAGCGACGAGGAGGCGCGCAGCGAGUCGACGGCCUCGACGAUGCGCAACAACAACAACAGCAGGGACCUCGCUGCCCCGCCGCCGCCGUCCAGGUCGACGACCAAGAUCACCAUCUUCAGCUACACCAACCCGGACGAGGCGGCGGCGGGGGCGGCCCGCGGCACCGGCACCGGCGGAGGCGCAGGCGGAGGCGGCGAGGCGUCGGAGCAGGCCAUCCUGACGCUGCACCCGCUCAACCACUCGCUGGCGUCCGAGUGGCUCGACGGCCUGCUCAUGCUGCUGAGCCAGGCGCCCAUCACGGCCGAGACGAACAAGCUCGUGACGCUGGUCAGCGAGUACGGGCUCAAGAUCCGCCUGCUCAACGUGCGCCUCGAGAGCGUCUACCACGGCCCGCCGCCGGGGGCCGGCGCCGUCCCGGACAGGGAGGGGCUGGACGAGGAUUACUACUACGAGGUCUGA